CCGGCCCAUCCUCAAGUUUCACUGCUUGGACAUUACGCACGCUCACAAGCUCACAGUUAUCUCCAGCUUUGGAUUAUAAAGGCUCACUUUCAUGCAGCGGAUCGAGAAACCUUGCAAUUGUGCUCCAUAUGAGGGAGAAAAUCUUUAAGGCACCUUGUGUCCUCUUGAGUCUUUUCACAAGUUUGAAUGUGUGCUGUGGAAAAUUUGGAACCCUGAUAACUGAUGAUGUGAGCAAGCUGUCGCUACUGAAGCACAACAUCCCUUCCGAUUAUGAGAUUCCUGUUCAUUACAUUCCCAGAGAAGUGGCAGGUGCCUGCUGGGUGGUGUUAAACAUUUACCCAUUGGAGCAAAGUCUUCGCAACCUGGCCAACAUGUUUGGAACUGUAUCCUCCAACAAGGAAAACAUCCUGGUCUUUAUCUCCAUGCUGAAGACCUUGCGCUUCACAUUUGACCACCAGGAUCUGGAAACGGCAAUGCAAGACUUCCAGUGUCACUACCUGCAGGAGAGUUUGAAAAACGAGCAGUAUUUCGACUAUAUUGAGGAAAUCCUUCACGUUGCGAGUCGUGGUGUGUCCAACUUCUCCUGCGAGCCGCCGCCAUGCCCCAACAUGACGAAUACACUGGGGGGUCACAAGGAGGGUCGCGAUUACAGAUGGUGGAAAAGAACGCCGUUGUUUCUGGUCUUCAUUCCUGUGACCGCUUGUAUCUUUCUCAUUAUUUGGCGGGUCAAAUCAAGCAGACGUUUACCAGCGCGCCCCGCUGAGGAUAUCGAAAUGGCACCUCGCGACGGUGUUUCGAGCGUAUCUGUCUCCAUCCCGCUUCAAACGGUCGCUCACGCCGCCGUCGACGAGCAUGAAAGAGGAUGAAGAAUAAAGACAAGGAGGAGAAACUCACUCUGCUGAGAUGUGGACUUCAGGAAUUGAGAAGCACCACUUAAACGUUACAGUUUCCAUUUCCCCUAUUAAGGAGAUGUUAAUGUUACUGCAACACUGUGGGAAAGCAACCAGGAAACUUGCUUAUGUUCCAAACCUCCUGACUUGAAGCACCAUGUAAAAACUGAGGAUGGAGCGUUUUGUGCGGAUAGCCAAAUCAACAAAGGUUUACGGUGGAAAAAAUGUGAUGUCGCUGGACUUGGGAGCAUUGGAAAUGGACCUAUAAAUAUUAAAUCAGGUGUCCUGUAGACAGAAAACAUCUACCUAUUCUUCAGACUUCAAAUUUAAGUAACUACAGUACUCAAUGUAAUCUACAAGUGUGCAUCAUUUCAGACAUUGGUACAUCAUCACACUUGUCCUUGUGUUUCCUUAUGCAUCUUCGCAUCGAAAGUCACGUGUCGAGCCUCCUGUGCACUUGUUGUUGACGUUGUGAUGAUCGGUCACAGAUGGCCAAGCCGCCGGUCGCGAACAACAAAGCGUUUGCGGUUCAACAAGGGUCCCGCUUUGUGUAUCAAAGCUCCACGCAGAUGGCAAAGAUAGCCGCAGCCAGACUGUCUGUGAAUCCAUCUAUUGUGUCGUGAUCUUUCGCCGCUUCUUCUUCCUCGUCCCAGUGAAGACCACCGGACUUUCUAAUGCCUCAUUCACUGAGUCAAGCCGUUUCGGUCAUGAGAACAUGACUGUGUGGAGAGAGGAUGCGUCACACAUAUAAGACAGAAGCGUGGAGGAGAUACAGGCGGAUGAGCUCAGAGAGGAGCAUGAGAGGGACGCUUGUUCUCGGCUCACAAAAGACGUGGCCGUAGGCUGGAGGAAAUGCCACUUACCAACACGACUGAUGUCGGCAGAGCGAGAUGAAUCAACGCGCCAGGAAUCUCUGCCGACCGCACGCGACUGUGGACGAUGAUGAAUAUUCCAAUAACAGUUUUUCAGUAUUCCAAUCACUGCUCUCCAAGGAACCACUUCAUUCAAAUAUAAACAGUUGCAAAUAGCAAAAAAAAGACCAGUUACGACUCCAGUUGGGCUUUUGGGUGGGAACUGAAAAUGCACCAGCAGGGCCGAAAACCAAAAGUGGUUUUUGCCAUGUGGUAAAAUAUUUUUGCCAUGUGGCAUUGUUUUUUGCCAUUUGGCAAACAGUUUUGGCCAUGUGGCAAAAAAUUUUUGCAAUGUGUUAAAGUUGGCAAACAUUUUGGCCAUGUGGUAAAAUAUUUUUGCCAUGUAGGAAUUUUUUUUUGCCAUGUGCCAUUUUGUUGCCAUGUGGCAAUUUUUUUUUCCCAUAUGGCAUUCUUUUUGCCAUGUGAUGAAUUUUUUUUGUCCAUGUGGCAUUGUUUUACCAUGUGUCAAAAUUGUUUUUCCGUGUGGCAAUUUUUUUUUUGCCAUAUGGCUUUUUUUUUUUUUUUUUUUGCCAUGUGGCAAAAAUGUUUUCCCAUGUGGCAUUUUUUUUUGCCAUGUGGCAUUUUUUUUUUGCCAUGUGGCAAAAGAAAUUUCCCAUGUGGCAUUUUUUUGCCAUGUGGCAUUUUUUUGCCAUGUAGCAAAAAAUUUUUGCCAUGUGGCAUUUUUUUUGCCAAGUGGCAAAAAUGUUUUGCCAUGUGGCAUUUUUUUUGCCGUGUGGCAAAAAUGUUUUCCUAUGUGGCAAACAUUUUUUGCCAUGUAGCAUUUUUUUUACCAUGUGUUAUUUUUUUUUCCAUGUGGCAAAAAUGUUUUCCCAUGCGGCAUUUUUUUUUCCAUGUGGCAUUUUUUUGCCAUGUGGCAAAAAUGUUUUGCCAUGUGGCAUUUUUUUUGCCAUGUGGAAAAAAAAAUUCCGUGUGCCAAAGAUGUUUUGCCCCAUGGCAUUUUUUUUUUUCCAUGUGGCAAAAAUGUUUUUCCAUGUGGCAAUUUUUUUUGCCAUGUGGCAUUUUUUUUGCCAUGUGCCGAAUAUGUUUUCACAUGUGGCAUUUUUUUUGCCGUAUCGAAUUUUUUUUGCCAUGUGGCAAAAAAAUUUUUGCCAUGUGACGAAAUGUUUUUGUCCAUGUGGCAUUGUUUUACCAUGUGCCAAAUUUUUUUUUCCGUGUGGCAAUUUUUUUUUUUUGCCAUAUGGAAUUUUUUUUUUGCCAUGUGGCAAAAAUGUUUUCCCAUGUGGCAUUUUUUCUGCCAUGUGGCAUUUUUUUUGCCAUGUGGCAUUUUCUUUUGCCAUGUGGCAAAAAUGUUUUGCCAUGUGGCAUUUUCCUUUGCCAUGCCCAAAAAAUUUUUUUUUUUGCCAUGUGGCAU